AUGGAUAGCAUUGGGGUUUUGGCUUCUGAGCCCAUUAAGGUUGACGAUUUUACAAAAUCUAUAGAGAGAAAUUCAGAAGACUCCAUCUCACUGUCUGACGGCGGGAUCCGUGAGACAAGUAUGACUGAAGCUGAGGUUUUAGAUGGUCUAGAUGAAGAAGUGGAUUUUUCUGAUUCACCUAGACCACGACCACGACCAAAGCUUGAACGCAGUAAUGCUGAUAAUAUUAGUAUUGAAAAAGAAAAUAUAGGAACUGGAGAAGUUACCAAGAGAUUAUCGAGCUGGAUUAGUUCGUUUUGGAUCCCUUCUCAAGAUACAAACGAGGACGAGUCUGAUAAGGACGAUCCCGAUUAUGUUCGUUUCAAAAAAGGGUUAUUUGAUAGUUUAGAUAAUGUUAGAUCAACAAUUUGGUUGAUGGGUGUCCAUUAUGAAUUCAAUGACGAUCGCAGUUCGAGUGAAUCUAAUGGCAAUUUUUAUGAAGCAUCAAGUUAUUAUUAUUAUACAACACCAGGAACCUUUCCUCAUCUUUCGGUACAACAACAGACAUUAUCAUCAACUAAUUACCCAGCUGAAUUUGUUCAAGAUUUCACUUCACGAAUAUGGUGUACAUAUAGGCACAAUUAUGCCCCUAUAAAACCAACGAACUUUACGAAUGAUGGGGGAUGGGGUUGUAUGCUAAGGUCAGGUCAAUCAUUACUUGCAAAUGCUUUAAUAGUGCAAUUUUUGGGUAGAGAAUGGCGAAGAGUAAAUAGAGGUGAAGAUACAUGGAAUAGAUAUAUUCUUGCAUGGUUUAUAGAUGAUAUGUCAUCACGUUGCCCGUUUUCCGUUCACCGUGUCGCUUUGUUAGGUAAACAGCUUGGAAAGAAUAUUGGACAAUGGUUUGGGCCUUCAACAGCAUCCCAAGCUAUCAAAGCUUUGGUAGAAGAUUAUCCAGCCGCACAAUUAAGUGUACACAUUGCAACAGAUGGUGUAGUUUAUAAAAAUGAAGUAUACAAUGCUGCACAGAAUAAUCGAUCUGGAAAGGAUUUUCAAUCUGUUUUGAUUCUUGUCGCCACGCGAUUGGGGACUGACAAGCUUAAUUCGAUAUAUUAUGAUGCAUUAAAAGCAUAUUUUAGAUUUCCGCAUAGUGUAGGAAUAGCUGGGCAAGGGGAAGCCAUCUUCUUCAUAUUACUUUAUUGGAACUCAAGGUUUGAUAGAGAUGACUUGCUUUAUCUUGAUCCACAUCAUUCAAGGCCGGCAUUAGAAUUGAAAGCCAUACAAGAAUUUACUGAAGAAGAAAUGUCAACUUUUCACUGUGAUACAUUACGUAAAAUACCAAUUUCGCAACUAGAUCCUUCAAUGCUACUUGGAUUUUAUUGUCGGAAUAGUGAAGAAUUUGAAAAUUUUUGUAAUCUUGUUGAAGAGAUUAGCAAAGACAAUGCGCCUGUUUUAACAAUUGCACAAGAAGCACCUGUAUAUGAUUUUGAUUUUGAUGUUGUUUCAGAUGAAGAAGAUUGUGAAAAAUACAAUUUAGAAGACGAGUGA